AUGAUCAUUUCCCACAGUCAUCCUCUUCAAUUGUCACAUCUUCAGAUGGAUCGACCUUCUUCAGGCUCCGUAAGGAGCCCUACACCAGCUGGAACCCCCCAAAAACUUAGCAGGUUGCUUGACCCGAGCUUACGUAGCGCAACGCCGCUCACGGACACGCCGGCAACAAGUGCAAGUAUUGGCAGAGAAGGCACGCCAGUGUCAGACAAGGUCUUAUCUGGCCGCAUCAAGAAGACACCGCGUAAGACACUGCUCAGAAAGGAGGAUGUUCUAAGUACGAAAGAAAAGGAAGAAGAAUUUCGGCAAUUAGAGGAGAUGAACGCUGAAAGAAAGCUUUUCCCCGGAAGUGAUAAUUGGGCCGAUGAUGAAGUCAGACUCUUCAAGAUUCUAUUCAUGAGACAGUACAGUCCUCUGUUACCGGCAGAUUGGCAGAUUAGCUUUCGAGGUAUACCCAUUCCCGACAUCCUCUUCGCCAGCUCCGUUGCACACCCACCUGUUAUCAACUCGCGGUCUGGCAACGAGUUCAAAGCGACCAAAGCCUUAACGCGUCUUAUUGAGUUGACGAAGGAAGUUCGAGGUUUAGCUCAAACCAAACAGAGACAUAGAGCAAGUGGGCUCAUUAACAGAAGAUUGCAUGAAUAUGCGAAAUGGGCCGAGCAGGAUGGAGGCUAUGGCAGUCUCGACUACAUGCCAAAUAUCAUUAUCGACCUUGUGGAUACUUCAAAGACGCCCAGGGAAAUCGAAGAGCACAUGCAGCAGCGGCUCAGAGCUGCCGCCGCUAAUCAUCGUGCCCACUGGAGAUCUGACGAAAUACCUGAAAUUGACGAGAGGAGUGAGAAAGAAAAAGAACUUCAGCCAGACUACGAUCCAGAAGAAGCAGAACUGGAAGACGACAGAGUUGUUCUUAUCCCGGACAAGUAUUCAACGCCAUCACCGGAGAAGCUUCCUUUGAACCCCCAGCCGACACCUGGAAAUGAGGCCAGCAACAGCAAUACUCAAAGCCACGAAAGUUCAACCAAGGAAGUUGAUAACACGGCCACGUCGAUCAUAUGUCAGGGCGAUGAGUACACACGGCGCCCACCAGUCAUCUACGGGCUUUUUAUUGUCAACACUUCCGUGAUGGUGCUCACGAUUGAUUCUGCAAAGGGAGAAGAUGCAUAUGUGAGUUACCAGGUUGAAGUUGGUUUCAGUAAGCGCGGCCAAGACGUAUGGAACGCUAUCACUAUUGCCACCGUCUUUUGUCUGGCAAGAGAUGCCAUGAUGGAGAUGAGAGGCGACUUUGAGGACUCAAUUAAUAACGAAGAGAGCGACCCUGACGCUUGA